CUUAGUGUCAGAUGUCAACACGUGUAUAACCUGUAAAAGUGUACGUCAUAAUAAACUUUUACCGUGAUGUGUUUUCUGUUUUUUACAGUACUAUUAUGACUAACGAGCGACACUUAGUAUACCGGUUUUUUUAAACAAGAGGGUGUUAAAACUCAUAGUCCAAAAGUUACGGUAUCAAGUGCAGUAAUAAUUUUAGCGUAAAACGAAUAAGUAGGUCCUAAAAUCGCGGUCAGUUACAAGAGAAAGCGUCUUAGAAAAAUUUUCUCAACCUUAGUUCAACAAUGAAGAUUGUCACUGCAGUAGCGCCUGUUAACAUCGCCGUUAUAAAAUAUUGGGGAAAAAGAGACGAAACCCUAAUCCUUCCCAUAAAUGACUCCAUUAGCUGCACCCUGGCCACAGACUUUAUGUGCGCCAAAACCACCAUAAUGGCAAGCCCCACCUUCACAGACAACAAAUUCUGGCUAAACAAUGAAGAAGUCGACUUCAACAACAAAAGGUUAAACAAUUGUUUGACUGAAGUAAAAAAACGCGCCAGUCCUAAGUGCGCGGACCUCCUCAACUGGAAAAUACACAUCUGCUCAGAAAACAAUUUCCCGACGGCAGCUGGCUUAGCUUCAUCUGCAGCAGGCUAUGCUUGCUUAGUUUCCACUUUAGCUGCUUUAUAUGAAGUUGAAGGAGAUAUUUCCAGUAUCGCACGAAGGGGGUCUGGAAGUGCUUGUCGCAGCAUCCAUGGGGGCUUUGUGUGGUGGCAAAAGGGGAUACAACCUGGAGGUGAAGACUCAGUUGCUGUUCAGAUAGCCCCGGCGUCUCAUUGGCCGGAAAUGAGGAUGAUCAUUCUUGUGGUUAGUGAUGAUCAGAAGAAAUAUAGUUCUACUAGUGGAAUGAAGACAAGCGUGGAAACGUCGGAGUUGUUGAAGUAUAGAUCUGAGGUGGUUGUUCCAAAGAGGGUGAAGGAGAUGGUUGAAGCUAUAAAAACUCGAAAUUUUGAAAAUUUUGCGCGAAUUACAAUGCAGGAUUCGAAUCAGUUUCAUGCUGUUUGUUUGGAUACUUAUCCGCCGUGUUUUUAUAUGAAUGAUGUGUCUAGAUCUGUUGUAGAGUUGGUGCACUCUUAUAAUAAGUAUAAAGGGGCUACAAAGGUGGCUUAUACCUGUGACGCUGGUCCUAAUGUAUGUUUGUACUUACUGGAGGAGAGUAUUGAUGAAGUUGUUACUUUAAUUAAUGACGUUUUUCCGUCAAGUGUGGGUCCAUCUGAGUAUUUCAGGGGACUUCCUGUUAAUAUUAAAAAUAGGGGUGGUUUGCAGGAGGUUUUAAAAAUUAAAGCUGACGCCCCUGGAAGUUUAAAAUAUAUUAUUCAUACUAAACUAGGCGAUGGCCCUAAACUUUCAACAGAAAAAUCGCAGCAUUUAUUAACUGAAAAGGGACUCCCACACACUUCUUAAUUUUUAGCAUGACUAAGAACAGAUCUGGGUAUUUAUAAGUGGUUCUGUGAUUCUGGUUGACAAUAUUUAUUCUAUUUAGGGUUUUUUAGUUUGUUUUUUUUUUUAAUAAAACAUUUAUUUACCUUACAACAUUUAUUACUAAAGAUUAAUUCCAACACGCUCGAAUUGAGUUUCCAGCUCAAUUAGUGGGCUGAGUUUUCUCUGAAAAAUAGAAAGCAGAAAUGAGCUCCAGUAAAUACGUUCCCAUUUCAAGUAUUAAUAAAAACGUUAGUUGCAACCGCA